AUGCAGAAACCCGGUGCGCCACAAAACGCCCAGCACCAGGACUUCUUCUUCUUUGGCGGCGGCGGCGAGUCUUUGGAGGAUGUCGGCGGGUUUGUCGGCGCAGCUGCGCGCCACCAAUUGGCGCACGCGGAGACGUUUGCGCGCACAUUGCCCCGGAGGUCAAAGCAGCAAAACCCCAAGUUCCCGACGAGCAAAAAGAUUUUCCCCUGGAUGAAAGAGUCCAAGCCCUCGAAUCAGAAACACGGCAGGGGGGUCGCAGACUGCACCGUCAACGAGAAGUGCUCUGGCGUGACCCCGGCCUCCAAGAGGAUGCGCACCGCGUACACGAGCGCGCAACUGGUGGAGCUGGAGAAGGAGUUCCACUUCAGCCGCUACCUGUGCAAACAGCGGCGCGUGGAGAUGGCCGACCUGCUCAACCUCCACGAGAGGCAGAUCAAGAUCUGGUUCCAGAACCGGAGGAUGAAGCAGAAGAAGGACGAGAGAGUGCAGGGCCCCACCACCACCACCACCACAUCGUCCUCCUCCACCCCGUCCUCCCCCUCCGCCCCGGGCAGCCCCACUCUGUCGAGCCUGGGUUAUGUCCAUCUGGGCGGGGAUUUCCAUCCGGCCUCCCCUCGGCUCAAGUCCCAGCAACACCAGUCCCAACCCGCGUACCCGGCAGAAUACCCCAAAUAUCCCGCUGCAGGCUUCACGCACGACCCGCAGUUCAACGUGCGGUACGAGGCGCACACCACCUCACGCGCAGCCGACCCAAACGUGGAUCUCAACGGUUCAUAUUUCCAACCGAGCUGCACGCAUGAGGACAGAAUCAUGCAAGCUCCCAAACUGACUCAUUUGUAG